UCUAUAUGUGUUUUAUAUAGAUUUAAAGACCGGGUUUACUUAUAACCAUAUAAAAUACUCUUGAACCAUCAAUGAUUGGUAGUUGUUAAACGUUUUUGCAUCCGCGCGUAGCUGGAAGCGUCAAAAUUCACAAGAAUCCCAAACGUUUAAAAAAAUAAACAUUUGUAUUGCAGAGAGGAUGUACGUAAAAGCCUAACUAUAGAUUUUACUUACAUUUCCUCUUUCAGUUCAGUGACUUCGUAGCUUAUUCAUUACGAAUACGUAUCCAUGCCCAAUACUAUCAUACAAGUGAUAUGUUUCCAAGCUAAGAAUAUAAAUCCUUCAAACCUGCCAUUGGCCUUUAGUGUUACAUCUCAAUAGCUUUGGCUUUUACGCUUAACGCACUUAUCCGAAUGCUUAUAUAGAUCAUUGUUAUUGUAUCUGUUUAUAUUCUGACGGUUGCUUGACAGAUAGCAACAUGGACAGAUAGAAACUGACGUGUAAAUUGGCAGGCAGAUUCAUGGAGACAGUUGAAGGAUACAAAAGAGACAUACAUUGCAAUGCGCUGUAUGCAAAAUAGGAUCCUCGCAAAUAUUGAAAUAUCACACUAUGUCUAACUCUGUCGAGACCGAGACAGCGAAAAUCUUAUUCUCAUUCAUAAGGCUUUUUAUAUCAACCCUCGUUUAGAACGCGUGAGCUAAAAAUAACUCGUUUUCUUCUCUAAUUCACUUCUUGUUGUGUAAAGUGCUUGAGAACAGAACGUAACGCACUCAAUAGGGUAAAUGACCCCGAAAAUGAGUUCAUUCUCUCGUGCUGUAAAACGAGCCUGCUUGAAAGUGAUUACGGCGGUCGGUUGGGGGAGAGGGAGCGCGGCACGGGCGUGGGCGGGGCGUGGGCGUGGGGUAUCCGUUAUCCUGUUACGGACGAAACUGCGUCGUGUCAGGCGAUCGCUCGGCAGGCAAUUGGCGUCGGGAUUGAAGCGUUCCCUGAUCGGCCAAUGCUUAUGGCGACGAGACACUGAGGCAAAGAUUUCGGUGCUCGAGUGAUAUGAAUGCACAAACUUGGUCGUUAUAGUUGCGGAAAAUGUCUCGUAUGAAUCGGGAUUGCAAGGAACGUGAGAGAGCGCCAAAUGAACAAUGUUAAAAAUUACGACACAGUGUUUACGUCUUGGCACACUCCAACUGGAGCUCCCGCGUGCGCACUCUCAUUGACGUAAGGGCUUCCGUGUUAGUGUCCUUGCUGCUGUGCCCGGAAUUGGCAGGAUCUCGGUCGUCCACGGAGACGCUCUGCUCGCUGUGGAGGGAAAAGGAACAUCGACGAGUGUUUGUUUCCUGUUUAUUUCCAUCUCUCUCGGUGCUGCUGGUGUUCUGCUUGAAGUAGGUGGUGGAUGAGAAUCAAUAAAGGAAGAGGAGGGACUUGUAAGGUGAUUUUAGAUGUGAUGUGCGAGCGGACUUAGAAAGUGUUCGAUUACUUCUAUGGAUAGAUAAUCAUUUUGUUUUGCCUGUACUGAGACUGAGAGACAGAUGCCAACUUCCAUGCGGUGCAUUGCUAUCGGUCGGCAACAUGAGACAAAUCCACAUCUUUUUGCUUGUUACUUGGAGUUACUUGUUUGGCGGUCAGAGGGCUCAUGAGAACGUCCCUGCCCGGUACCGUUCACCAAGUAAAGGUCAGCCUGCAGCGCGACCCUCCCUCAUUAACGAGACGGAACAAGAGACUUUCGUAAUGCACAUCAGGAUCACAGAGGUGUCGGUGCACAGUGAUGAGGAGGAGGGGCGCGGCGGGGCUGCUGCUCCGCCUCGGGCCAAGAGGGGGACCUGCGACGCCGACGUGGUUGUUCCUCCAAACAGGACGAGGUUCAUCACGACGGAGACCAAGGCGAGGGUGACUCUCUACUUCCAUCCGACGGAGGACUUUCGUUACCUGUCCGUGAUCCUGAAGCUGAGUAAUAUCUUGGACUCUCCCAAGAUCCAGGUGUCGUUUCCCUCGUCCCACCUGUGCGCGAGCGACUUCUCUCGCUGGCACGAGCUGACCGUCGACGCGUUUGAGCUCGACGUCAAGAAUGAGGUCGACAAGUGGGCCGUGAGAGCGUCCGUGGGUUCCUGUUCAUUCAUCAAGGCUUCCCCGUACUGGUACAGCCUGAGUACCUUUAAGGAUUUGAAGAUCGUGGCCACCGGGGCUUCGUCGUGGAGACUCUCCGCCCCUGGGGAGGAUUGCCGCUUCACAACAACGACCGCCGUUCCGUCAACCACCCCUGCAACCACUACCUCUCCCACGACCAUAAAAGCCAAAACCACGACCACGAAGGCGACCGCUACCUCCCUCCCUUCCGCCAGAACCCAAAUAGCACUACUACCUCGACACGACUUCGAAAAUGCACACCAUCACGACAAUGCGAACCACAACGACUACCUCUCAAACGACUGCCAAGUCCACGACACACGAAACAACUACUACCUCCCCGACGACUGCCAAACCCACGACACACGAAAUAACACUACCUCCCCGACGACUGCCAAACCCACGACCCGAAUCGCGACCCCUACUUUCCCAGUAACCCGCAGAUCGAACAAUACCUCUCCUCCAACAACAGCAGCAAAAUCCACCACCACAACGACAGUGCGAUGCCAAACCCCCUCCCUACCCCAGGCCGACGACUCCACGACUUCCUCUCGCACCACCACGACUCCAGGAACGACCGCAACUACCUCCACCGCAGUGCAAUUGGGCCAAAGUACAGCCGGCGGUCGCGAUAAGCCGGAGGACCUGAACCACAACCCCGCAGACACGACAGACAACGUAGCCACAGACACGACAGACAACGUAGCCUUUAUUAACCCCGACGUCGCUGUUAUUCUGUGCGUCGUCGUCGCUCUGCUGUCGUCCUCUUCGUCGUCUGCGUCCUCGUCAGGCACACGGCGAGUCUGCGCUCAGCCUGGCGCCCGAAGGCCCGCCGCCGCCCCGGACUACCACGCCCGCAGCGCGCCGUCGUGAACGUGGGUCUGCGCGAUCUGCCGUCGGACCGCGAGUCGGCGAACGGCAGCGAGCACAGCGCCGCCAGCCAGCCCCUUCCGGCCCGCGAGAACGGAGGCCUCAUCCGGGACACCCACACGUGCCCCCUCUGCCCCCCCGCCACGGCCCCCCGGCGCGGCUCCCCCCCCACCCCCGGAGCGCUCGG